AAUUCUACCGGAAGUGCCACAGCUCUCUCACAGUUGGGGACUUGCCUCAUAUGGGUACAGUUGCCAAGUUGCUGUAACUUUCUCUGUUGCUUGAACGCAGUCAUGUCGAACAACAGCGCGGCCAACAGCAGUUUAGUCAUCGCCCAGAAAGCAGUGAAGCAGCUGCGGCUGGAAGCCAGCGUCCGGCGGAUAAAGGUUUCUCAGGCAGCAACAGAACUGAAGACCUUCUGUUUGCAAAACGCUCACAAAGACCCUCUGCUGACCGGGGUUCCCUCCAGUGAUAACCCAUUCAGGCCUCCCAAGUCAUGUGUUCUGCUUUGAGGGCUGCAAAGGAGAGCAGAACAACCAAACAGUUUCCUGUGGAUUUUCACAAAGUGUCACUGCCGUUGAAGAUGAAGAAGACGACCCCACUGCUUGCAGCUGGUUUUCAGAAGGACUUUCUGACCACAAAAAAAUGUUGCAGUGAAGAUAAACAUGAUCCUCAAAUGUCUUUGCAUUUCCAAAGCUUUUCCAGAAUGAACCUAAAGUUAAAUAUUGAAUGAGUAGGUUCUGCUCCCACAAGCGUCCAAGAUAUAAAAUACAAUAUUUCAACAUGCUAGAAUUUCUUUUGUUCACUUUGUGCCUUUAUUGUUCAGCAAUAGUUACUUUAGUACAGCAAAUUACAUUCAAAGUACAGCAACACAUUUUUUCUUUUCCUAUUCAAAGUUCUCAGUUAUUUAAUUCCACCUGUUAAUAAAAGAGUUUGACAUGCAUUUUUCUAAACAAAUGUUUUCUGAUCUAUUGUAAGCGUUACAGAUUUGUCUCCUCAUGGAAAGAGAUAUUUUAUUCACUAAUUUUCUGUUGUAUUUCAACUGCUUUUUAAAUGGUUCUCUGCAAUUGUAACAUAUUCAUUCACUAACUUAUAAGGUGCUUUGAAACAUCCCAAAUAAAGAGACCAAAACAAUAAAAUUGUUACAACAUUCA